UUUCAGCAUAUCUUUUGGCUACAGGGCUACUUAUAAAAUAUAAACAAAACAGUUCGCGUAACGGAGUUAUUGUGCGUGAAUUGAAUUUAAUAAAAUAAGAGAAAAUUUGAAAUUCUAUUGAACAAAAAGUCUAUAUUUCAAAAUGGCAGGAGCUACUAAAGUUGUCGGAAGAUCAGAAAAAUUAAAGUCUGUUAAGAAACCAGUGGAGAUAGAACAAUUAAAGAAGAUAGUAAUCGAACAGAAAAAGGAUGAAGAAAAUUUGGUCACCGAGCAAAAUAUCCUAGAUCUUGCUCGUCAACUCAGUGAAUCUGGUAAAGCUACUGAGUUGGCGAAUCUAAUUAAAACAACUAGACCAUUUUUGAACCAAAUUAGCAAGGCAAAAGCUGCAAAAGUAAUUAGAGCGCUUGUUGAUUUGUUUCUGGAUAUGGAAGCUGGCACUGGAAUGGAGGUGGAUCUAUGUUUAGAAUGUAUUGAGUGGGCAAAACAGGAGAAAAGGACCUUUUUAAGGCAAUCAUUAGAGGCUAGAUUAAUUGGUCUAUAUUAUGACUCCAAGAAGUAUGCUGAUGCUUUACAGUUGGGGAGCAGUUUGCUGAAAGAAUUGAAAAAGAUGGAUGAUAAGAACCUAUUAGUUGAAGUUCAGCUGUUAGAGAGCAAAGUCUACCAUGCCUUGAGUAAUUUACCCAAAUCCAGGGCCGCAUUGACCUCAGCAAGAACAACCGCAAAUGGGAUUUACUGCCCACCCAAAUUGCAAGCAGCUCUAGAUUUGCAGUCUGGAAUUCUUCAUGCAGCUGAUGAAAAAGAUUUUAAAACAGCCUACUCCUAUUAUUACGAAGCUUUUGAGGGAUAUGACUCGGUGGAUAAUCCGAAGGCUGUGGUGGCUUUGAAGUACAUGCUUUUGGCCAAAAUUAUGUUGAAUCUUUCUGAUGAAGUGAAUGCCAUUGUUAUGGGAAAAUUAGCUUUGAAGUAUGCUGGUCCAAACAUUGAUGCAAUGAAAGCGAUUGCAGCAUCUAGUCGUAAGAGAUCAAUGGAGGAUUUUAAAAAGGCCCUUGUAAAAUAUAAGUCUGAACUUGUUGACGAUCCUAUAAUUAAAUCCCAUUUGAAUACUCUGUAUGACACAAUGCUUGAACAAAAUUUGUGUCGAAUCAUCGAGCCUUACUCUAGGAUUCAGGUUCAACAUAUAGCAAAGAUCAUCAAUUUACCUUUGGAGCAUAUUGAAAAAAAGCUGUCUCAAAUGAUAUUGGAUAAAAAAUGUAACGGUAUAUUAGAUCAGGGUGAGGGAGUUCUGAUUAUAUUUGAAGAUACUGCUGUAAAUAAAACAUAUGAUAGUGCUUUACAGACAAUACAAAGUUUAGGAAAAGUUGUAGAUGCAUUGUACCAGAAAGUUACCAAAAUAUCCUAAUACUAGUUAAGAGUCCGAAUUUGUUUAUAUUCUGUUUAAUUUUUGUGGAAAUUUACUGUAUUAAAAAAUUCUUGUAUUAAAUGCAUAUUUUCAGAA